AUGACUCUCUCUCAACCUCUCUCAGGUCAUCACUCCUCUCAGCCACUUUCCUUUCCUCAAAAAUUGUGGCGUGGUCUCAAAAAACUCAAUACAUGGACUCUCGGCAAUCGUCGUUUGAGAAUGUACUUGUUGAGUGUAUUCAAAAUUGUGGUCAUUUCAUUCGUUCAGGCCAAUGACUUGUUGGGAAUUACCACUUACCACUUGUCACCAGAGGAAUUUGAUGUCCAGUUGGCACUCAAAAUUACUUCUUACAUUGUCAUGGUUGGAAUUCCAUUUUUAUUCACAUUUAGAUACAUUCGAGAAUUGAUUGCUGUGAGAAGAAAGAAACCACUCACUAUUUGGAUCAAUUGGGUGGAGAGUAUUAUUUUCUUCAUCUUUGUUUUGUAUUCGAUUGGAACUGCUAUUAUUCACAUUGUGUAUUUGGGUCGUGAAUAUGCAUACAAUUACAAGAAGAGAGAAAAGGAUCCUUCCUAUUUUGCAAACAAGUCAGCAAGUUUGGAAGAACACUUGGCUGUUGAGAUUUUGGAAAUCUUUGUGCAAUUGUAUGUCAUUUUGGAAAAGGCCAGUCACUACACUCAUGCCAAUCACAGUGUUUCCAUUUUCCUUUCCAAUGCUGCUCACAUUCCAAAGGAAGAAGGUGGUCAUGGUGGACAUGGUUCCUCUCAUCAUGUUGAACAAUAUCAUUUGGUAGAGAAUGAUGAUGACGAUGGAGGUUUGGAUCAAGAGGAAAAUAAUGCCAAUGAUUAUGCAGAAUAUAAGGAAUCUCAUUAG